UAAAAAUUUCGAUUCUUUUUCUCAUUCCGACCUUCGACGAAAAACCGAAUCGAAGAAACCUGGCUCAAGGGAUCGCGAGAGGGUGCAAAGUGUAUGUGUAAGAGAGAGAGAGAGAGAGAGAGAGAGAGAGAGAGAGAGAGAGAGAGAGAAAGAAAGGGAGAAAGAUGUAUAAAUAGCUAGCAAAAUACAGAUAGAGAGAGAGAGAGAGAGAGGGAGAGACAAGGAUGAAACGAAUGAGUAUUUCGGCGCACGUGCAACACCCGGUGGUGUACCAUGACCGUGGCAGAGACGAGAACAUCCAAUCUGAACUUCUCGGGGGCGGAUCUUCUGUAGUAGAGAGUUGGGGUACGCCGUGCGAUGACUGGUUCCUACGACGAACCACAGCGCAGUUAUGAAAGUUUCUAGAGGAUAGGGGUAGGAGUACGAGGAGGGUUGAUACGGAAAAAGCUAACGCAAAUCGGACCACAUGUAUAUAAAGAGAAAGAGAGAGAGAGAGAGAGAGAGAGAGAGAUCCGUUCAUCGUUACUACGACAAUAACAAACGAGGUGGAGACAUAGAGGACAAGGAGGAUGAGAAGGACGAAGAGGAGGAGUAGGAAGAAGAAGAGAGGGUUACCAGAUUGGUCUCAUGGAGGUGGAAACCGUUCGUUGGUCCUGCCAUCCAACUCUGGCGUUCAAAUCACGGAGAACCGUGAUCCCCGUCGCUACGUGUGUUCUCUCUCUCUCUUUUUCACUCAUUCACUCACUCAUUCACUCAUUCACUCAAUCUUUCUCUUUCCCUCUCUCUCUCUCUCUCUCUCUCUCUCUCUCUCUUUCUCUCUCUUUCUAUCUUUCUCUCUCUCUCUCUCUCUCUAAUUUGUCGUAUUACUCACGGAUACGGUGUGUGUCUUUUCUUUUAUCACACGUUAAUUAGUGUUGUUAUCGAUAUAAAAAUUAUUGAUUAAUAAUACUGAAAAGUUCGGAAAAAAGGGGGGGAAGGUUUUGUUCGAGGUAUACGCUACGGCAGUAACUGUUAAGAAGGAUUUUAUCGUUUCAUUGACGACAGCGAAAGAAAAGCUUUCAUUGAGGAGAGAUAAUUAUUAUUUUUUAAUCGAAACAAUCCAUCAAACUUUGUAUUGUUAUCUUUAAUCUUGUUCUUCUUUCUUUUUUAAAGAAAACUUUAAAAAGUUUUCUUUUUAAUUUCCUUUUGUUUCUUUUCUUCUUCUUCUUCUUUUUUCUAUUUUUGUUUUUUCUUUUUUUUUUUUUUUUCUUUUUUUUAUAUAUAUUUUAAGAAAAAAUAAUCAAAGAAAAUCGAGUUUUACAUGGUGUUAAAAUGAUAUACGUUUAAGAAGUGAAAUUCAGGGAACGUCGUCGAAGGAGAAUGAAGUAAAAUAUGGGAUAAUGUUAUUUCGAUUAAAAUUAGCGGAUCUUUGAUUAAAUAGUUUCGUUAAAAGUCCAUCAUCUGACCCGAUCCAAACACGACAUAAUCGUCCUUUGAUUUCUUUUUUACUUUUUAUUUGUUUGUUCCGUUUAUUUUUUCUUUCUUCUUUUUUUUUUCUUUCUUUCUUUUUUUUUUUUUUCUUUUCUUUUUUUUUUCUUAAUUCGAAUCGAUCAGGAUGUACAGCCUGUAUAGAGCUUGGUUCGGUGACGAAAGUGCCGCGGAUAAUUAUAAUCGUUUGCAAGAAACCCUAUCGCCGCCCGACACAGUGAUCAGAGUUGGAAACGAGGGUGAACAUCAGUUCAUUGCACACAAGGGCAUUCUAGCGGCACACAGUGGCUACCUGAAGGCUUUGCUGGCCAGUGCGGCAGCUAGUUCGAGCAAUGGAGCAAACUUUGGUGGCUCUUGUGGUGGAUUGAAUUCGGCAAGUUCCAGUAACUCGACUACAACUGCGAUCGGUGGACAACACCACACUCGACAGCCGGUUACAUCUGUUUCGGUAUCUUCGAUCGGAGGAGAAGCAUUUGCGCCAUUGUUAAAUUACAUGUACACCGGUCGACUCGAGGUAACACUGGAUAACGUGUACAGUGUACUAUUGGCAACGCAUUUGUUACAUAUGCCUGGUGCAUUGGAACAAUGCAGAGCAGCUUUACUCAGAUUAAGAGGACCACCCCCAUUGCCAACGCCUAUACCAAUAACACCAACUUCGACGUCAACAUCGACGUCGAGUUCAGGUCCUGGUAGUAUACUGAGACCAAUACCAAACAGAUUGGUAUUGGGACCACCACUUUGUUGGCCUCAAACGAGUUCAAUUUACCCAUCAGCCGCGACAGCACCAGGAUCCGUCGGUCUAACACCACAUUUACCUCAAAUGCAACCAACGACUGUAUUAAUACCACCUUCCGUUUCACCAAACGUUACGGUCAUUCCAACAUUAACUAGUCAAGAUACUCAAGAAGUUAAUACGCAUUUCAGCUCGACCAAUCGUGAAAUCUCAAGAUCACCGAGAUCGUCUCCAUCGCGAUUAAACAAAAGAACGAUCAACGUUAUUAAAUCUAGAUCCCAUUCAAGAUCUACAACACCAGAUACCAUUUCACCAACGUCCUCGUCUAUUCCAUACGUCAAUGCUGCGGCCGCGGCAUUUAACGCAUUCGCAUCGAGAUCAUCAUCGCCAUCGGCAGCGUCACGUUCCUCGUCGUUAUCACGAUCGCCCUCGCCCAUGUCACGUAAAGGAAAGAAAAAUAAUUCAAUAGAUCGACGUGAAUUUAUGAAUUCUACACGUACAACGAUGACAAUAACAGCAACGACGACGACGACCACGACUACAACAACAACAACAACAACAACAAUAACAACCGAUAACAUCUCGAUGCCUCAAAGUGGACGAUCCAAUGAAAAUACUAAUUCGAUCGUAGGCUCACCUAUGAGAAUUAAUCAUGACGAUAAUCCUAAGUGUUCGACUAAUAUAACGACGACCGAUGUUGAUCGCGGCAGACCAUCAUCCCAUAGACGCAAGAUUCGUAUAACUAACAACAACUCUAACAACGUUAACGAUCCCUCCUCAUCAUCAUCCUCCGGCAAUGUUUUGUCGGUGGUUUACGAUGUUGCUUGUUGUGACGGACCCGUUAAGUUUCAUCGUGUUUUAAAUGAGAAUUAUAUCGUAUCGCAGUCACGUAUACAAAGGCAUUGCACCGAUGACAAUACCAGAGCAACAACUACCGAGAACGAUGAAAAUGGUGGAACUACCAGAAUACGAAAUUGUUCUACGGAUUCUAUGAUAACCACGCAAACGACAGAUUCUGGUAACAACGUUGGUAACUACAGUUGUGGUUAUUGCAGCCACACCUUCAAGUCCCAAUAUUGUUAUAGAAAACACGCUAAGAGACAUUUGUUGCCAACGAGAUCUAACGGCGAUACAAUAACGACGACCACGACGACAACUACAACGAUCGAUAGAAAUCGACAGGAUAAUAAUUCGAGAAACAAAAGGGAGGUCAGACUUCUUGAUUUGAACGUUCAAUAUUAUCCGUGUAAAAUAUGCGGAUGUAAAUUUCCGAGUUAUUAUUUCGUACACAAGCAUAGAAAAUUAUGUCACGCUAAUGUCGACGAUAAUAAUCGAGUUAACAGCAGGGAUGAUGUUGUUACGUUUAAUGAUCAAGAAUCAACGAGCCAACCUGUAGACGGUACCACGCCGCACCGUGAAUGAAAAAAAAAAAGAAAAAAAAGGAAAAACAAAUAAACAAAAAAAAAUAAGAGAGCAAAAAAAGCAAACCAAAAGGAAAUAGAUACAACAACAACAAAAAAAAAAGAAAAACAAAAACAAAAAGAGCAAUACGCAUCCCGUUGUGCAAGACGAAAAAUCUUAUAUUACUAAUUCAAAAAAUCUUAAUGAGAUGUUAUAUUAAGAAAAAAAAAAAAAAAAAAAAAGAAAAAAAAGAAAAAAAAAGAAAAAAAAAGGAAAAAAAAAGAAAAAAAAAGUCGUAUUAAAAAUUAUCCAAUAAUAUAUGCAACAGCGUGUAACGUGAGUGCGUGUGUGUGUGUGUGCGCGCGCUUGUGUGUACACAUAUGUGUAUAUUAGCCAUAAGUAACAUCCUCUUAGUGUUCGUUUGUUUGAUUAAUAACUAAAUUCAUUUUCUAUAUUAUAAAUUAUAAUAAUAUUAUUUACAUACGGUUUCAUAUAACAAUUAAUUAACGAAAUUCUAUUAAAGCUGCUUAAACGUUGAUACAAAUGAUUCUAACGUUAUUUGUUAAUAACGAUGACAUUGAUUUUAAUAAUUGAAACGAUAACAACGGUAUAGGGAAAAAAAAAAAAAAAAAAAAAAAAAAAAAAAAAAAAGAAAAAGAAAAUGAACAAAUAAAAAGAGGAAAAAAAACGCACACACACACACACACACGAACAGCACAUAACAUCUACUGUAAUAGAUAAUUAUCGCUAUUAUAAUGCAUAAAUAUGACGAAUACAUUACAAUGGAUAUUAUGUAUUAACGAUAAAUAAAUAUUUGUCAAUAAUGA